UUGAGAGGUACAAACAGUCCUCCUUUCCCAACACUGGGCUCACCUGAAGCAGAGCAAUUAAAAGCUAGUGGCUAAUUACCCUGCUACCAAGCCCUGUGGAAAAAGUACUGGUGACCGCAAAGUUGAAAAAGUUUUACAGAAUGCAUUUAGCAUAAAACAACAGUGUGUUGUUGACUCAGGCUUAUAAAGUUAAUAGAAUUAAGCUACAUACUAUACGUACUGAUUACUGAAUUAAUUGUUUCCUAUCAGAGCUCUGAAAGGUGACUAAGAAAAGCAAGAUCAUUCCCUGCAAAGGAGCCAAAUUCACAUGCUGAAGUAUUUUUGUGCCCACGAAGUGGAAAGACCGAAGGAGCUCAGAUCAGGUAGCCGACUAGUUGAUCCAGCUUCUUUAGCUACCUACACUGGGGUGGUAAAUAAUUCAGAAAUAAAUGUAUCUCUACUGAAAUGUUAAUCAAACACCUAAUCAGACACUCGUCUACAGCAUAUCCAGCAUUCAAAUUAACUUCUUUCUGCUCACCGAAGACGACGUACGUUUGCUUUAAGAGAUAUGAACUGUAGUCUGAAACUGCUGAACACCAUAUUAGGGCAUUUUAUGACAUUUUGCCAAGGGUUAGAUACAAGGUUGUACUGCCCAAUUUAUCGAGGUUACUCAACAAACUGGCAGCUCCUUUUCUUGCCAGAGCUGGGACACUACCGUAGCUGUUUGGUAUGCAGUCCUGUUUUUCCCUUCCCUGCCUGUGAGCAGACUUUAAAAUCAGCUUUAGAAAAAAGUCUACCAGGUCAAUCCAAAGAGCUGAAUACGCUUCAGGAGGAACACAGCAAGUACAUGAACGCAGCUCUGUCUGAGUUUCAAGGGCUCUAGCACGCAGAAGAACUAGCUUUGCUCCGUACGGAUCCUCUGCCUUCAUGAUGGCAAUGACAGAAGCCAGCAUCCUCUUCUUCCGCACCUGCCUUGCGCUGCUUGCCAUGCCCAUCUACCUACUAUCAUUCCUGGGCAUAUGGGAGCCCUUUUGUAAGAAGAUAUUUUUUCCUUUCUUCUUGGAGAAGCUCACUGCAAUUCACAACAGGAAAACAAAGAAGCAGAAGCAGGAGCUAUUUCGAAAUCUCCCUGACUUUUCCGGCCCCUCGGGAGAGCUGAAGCUGCUGGAGAUUGGAACUGGCUGUGGCGCUAACUUCCAAUUCUACCCACCAGGCUGCAAAGUCACAUGCACCGACAUAAACCCCAACUUCCAGCAAGGCCUUUCAAGAAGCAUGAGCCAGAACCAGCACAUCCACUACGAGCGCUUCCUCACAGCAGCAGGAGAAGACCUGCAUCAGGUGCCCAGUGGUUCCGUGGAUGCCGUCGUCUGCACCUUAGUCCUCUGCUCCGUGCAGAGUGUGAACAGCACCUUGAAGGAAGUACUGCGAGUGCUCAGACCAGGAGGCGUUUUCUAUUUCUUAGAGCACGUGGCCGAUGAUCAUUCCAGCUGGAGGUAUUUUUGGCAGCAAGUCUGCUAUCCAACUUGGAAACUCGUGUUUGCUGGUUGCUGCCUAACGAGAGAGAUAUGGAAAAAUCUCGAACAGGCCAACUUCUCAGAACUGAAAUUACAACACAUCAGUGUACCGCUGCCCGGGACGCCUAUUAAGCCUCACAUCAUCGGAUACGCUGUGAAGUAACACAGACCACACUGUGAAGCUUCUUCCCCUGGCCCCACAGAAACGCCUCGGCAUAAUCAAAGCGCACAAAACUGCAUAUGCUAAUCCUGACAUAUGAAUGUAGGUAAUGUGGCUAAGGACUUUAAUUAAAUUUCUGAUUCAGACAUCAAAUGAGA